CAUAUGUUGACUUAAUGUCAAGUGUCAGGCUUAUACCUAACCUAAAAAUUCUUAAUUUGUUCAUCGGCGUUAAAUAAGAUAAAUAAAUUUUAUUCAAUUAUAAUGGCUUUGAUAAUAAAUUCUAUAGCAAGGAGUUGUUUUUAUUCUAAUUUACGUAUCAUAACUCCGUCUAAUUACUUAACCCUGACCCAGGUCAAAACUCUCUAUUCGCCUGCCACGCUCGGUAUCGAUGGGUUCUUACUCUCCAGAAAGAGGUCUAAGGAACAAUUUACUAACUAUGCUGACAAGUUCAGGUCGAAGAUGAAUGAGUUUGUGUCAAGCAAAGACACUAUGAUAUUUACUGAAGACUUAAAGAACAUGAUACAUUUAGCAGAACCUACAGACUUGGAGCUCAUUUUGAAUAUGAUUCAAAAGUUUAAUUCCCAAAACACUGAAUUGCGAUUUGGGUCCUAUGUUUUUGGGCCAGUUGUUAUGAGAAUGUUCCAUUUCUUGGAUGCACCUAAAGAAGCAUUACAGUGUUUCCAUGAUCCAAAGAAUGAAGGCUUCUUUGACCAGAUGAUCAGUCACCAGAUUCUACUAGACUUGCUGUACAGUCAUGAGAUGUAUGAUGAAAUGUACCAAGUUUUUGAUAAGGCACAACAGAAGCAGAUUGGAAUGGUCAAGUUUCCUAAAUACUGUGUAGUUCUUGUACUGGCAGCUUGCUACAAACAAAACACACCAAAAAGUUUGGAAUAUGCAUCAAAACUAUGGUCUGAUAUGGCCAGCACUGGAAGUGUACCAGUUAGAAGAGCUUGCACAUUUUUCGCAGGUUUGGCUUUAAAACAAGGAGCACCACAUAUAGCAAUGGAAUCAAUAACAUCACAAAAACAGCAUUAUGUUUCUAUUAGAAAUAUUAAGGUAAUGGCAUUAGCAGAUAUGGGAAGAGUGGAAGACACGUUUCCAGUACUAAAGUCAGUUAUGGAAAUUGAUUCGCCCGCGCAGAGCGAUAAACACACAUUCUUUGAAGAAGCCAUCGAAAGAGUCCGAACAGCGGUUGAGAAAUUAAACAAUAAAGAUAUAAAGAAGAAGUUCGACGAGAUUGCCUAUGCCUUGAAAGACAGAGGGCUUAUUGACAGCAGCAAGACCCUGGACCAGUUACUCAACAUGGAGAUAGACAGGCCGAGGAUAACGGAUCAGAAUAGAGGGCAAUCCAACUUCUCGCAGCGAAGAGUUCAACUCGGACCACGCCAUAAGAAACGAAUUGUAUAGCGCACACAAAUUAUUUCAUAACAUAAAAAUCCAUAAAGUAGCCUGUUCUUAGAUUAUUUGACGUGUACAUAUUUGAUUGAAAUGUAUCUACGUCUU